UUUGUACUAUGAGCGUAAGCAUUGUAUACCCCAUUUAGCACUAUAUUUUGUUAAUAAGAAUACGUUAAACUUAUUUUCGUCUGUAAAGCAAAGAAAGCGAACGUUUGGUGAUUCUGUCGGCAUAUUAACUUGCAUAGCCAACUGACUUGUAGGAAACUGUCAGAAGUGGAGCUAAACCAGUAGGGGGUCGAUGGUGACGCAGGAAAAACACCCCAAGUGCAGACAAAAAAAUUCAAGGAAGCGAGAUAGCAUACUAGCUCGCAAACCCAGUGCAUACCUAGAAAUCUUACAUGAUAAACGCCGAUAAACAAAACAUGAAAUAGAAAGAUUCAUAGACGGAAUAAGUGAACAGAAGACGUCACAUCAAAAUUCUGGUUCUGCGAUGUUCUCUGCAGCCCGCGCUGGCCCUCAGGUGGAGCUUUCCCUCGCAGCCGGCCGCAGGUUCUCCGUCCCUGCCCAGGAGCAGGCAGUGAUUCCUCCCCAGGCCAGGGCCUCCUAAAGCGGACAAGAUUGCCAAGAUCUGCCCCGUGGCGAGCAUGACGGCCACCACCCGUGGCUCUCCUGUCGGCGGCAAUGACAGCCAGGGCCAGGCGCCUGACGCUCAGAGCCCGCCCCCUCCCCCACAGAACCAGACGGCGUCCCCCAGCUCGUCCACAGAGCCUUCCCCGGUGAGCCCAGCGGAGGAGCAGGGCCAGGGCGACGCCGCCCCCGCCCUGGAGGAGGACGAGCCAGCCUUCCCCCACACAGAUCUGGCCAAGCUGGAUGACAUGAUCAACAGGCCUCGCUGGGUUGUACCAGUCCUACCAAAGGGGGAGUUAGAGGUCCUACUUGAAGCUGCUAUCGACCUUAGUAAAAAAGGGCUGGAUGGGAAGUGUGAGGCCUGCCAGAGGUUUUUCCGUGACGGCCUGACCAUCUCUUUCACCAAGAUCCUCACAGACGAGGCUGUGAGCGGGUGGAAGUUUGAGAUUCACAGAUGCAUCAUCAACAACACCCACCGCCUGGUGGAGCUGUGUGUGAGCAAGCUCUCUCAGGACUGGUUUCCUCUGCUGGAGCUGCUGGCCAUGGCCGUCAACCCCCACUGCAAGUUCCACAUCUACAACGGCACACGGCCCUCUGAGACCGUCCCUGCCGGCGCCACGCUGGCCGACGACGAGCUGUACGCGCGCCCCCCCGACCCCCGCUCGCCCAAGGUAGGGGCAGGGGCAGGGGGCUGGCUGGUGGAUCUGAUCAACAAGUUUGGAACCCUGAACGGGUUUCAGAUCCUCCACGAUCGCUUCAUGAGUGGACAGGCCCUCAACGUCCAGAUCAUCGCUGCCCUCAUCAAACCGUUCGGGCAGUGCUACGAGUUCCUCACGCUGCACACGGUGAAGAAGUUCUUCCUCCCGGUGAUCGAGAUGGUCCCUCAGUUCCUGGAGAACCUCACGGACGAGGAGCUGAAGAAGGAGGCCAAGAACGAGGCCAAGAACGACGCUCUGUCCAUGAUCAUCAAGUCCCUGAAGAACCUGGCGUCCAGGGUCCCCGGCCAGGAGGAGACCGUAAAGAACCUGGAGAUCUUCCGCCUGAAGAUGAUCCUCAGGUUACUGCAGAUCUCCUCUUUCAACGGCAAGAUGAACGCUCUGAACGAGGUGAACAAGGUCAUCUCCAGUGUGUCCUACUACACACACCGCCAUGGCAACCCCGAGGAGGAGGAGUGGCUGACGGCUGAACGCAUGGCGGAGUGGAUCCAGCAGAACCACAUCCUGUCCAUCGUCUUGAGGGACAGCCUGCACCAGCCGCAGUACGUGGAGAAGCUGGAGAAGAUCCUUCGCUUCGUCAUCAAGGAGAAGGCUCUCACCAUGCAGGACCUGGACAGCAUCUGGGCGGCUCAGGCUGGGAAACACGAGGCGAUAGUGAAGAACGUUCAUGACCUCCUGGCCAAGCUGGCCUGGGACUUCUCCCCUGAGCAGCUGGACCAUCUGUUCGACUGCUUCAAGGCCAGCUGGACCAGCGCCAGUAAGAAGCAGCGUGAGAAGCUGCUGGAGCUGAUCAGGCGCCUGGCGGAGGACGAUAAGGAUGGCGUGAUGGCCCACAAGGUGCUCAACCUGCUGUGGAACCUGGCACACAGCGACGAUGUCCCUGUGGACAUCAUGGACCAGGCCCUCAGCGCACACAUCAAGAUCCUGGACUACAGCUGCUCUCAGGACAGAGACACCCAGAAGAUCCAGUGGAUCGACCGCUUCAUCGAGGAGCUCCGGACCAAUGAGAAGUGGGUGAUCCCGGCCCUGAAGCAGAUCAGAGAGAUCUGCAGCCUGUUUGGAGAGGCGCCACAGAACCUCAGUCAGACCCAGAGGAGUCCUCACGUGUUCUACCGCCACGACCUGAUCAACCAGCUGCAGCACAACCAUGCGCUGGUCACCCUGGUGGCUGAGAACCUGUCUGCCUACAUGGAGACCAUGCGCCAGUUCUCCAAAGCAGAGCAUGCGGACUUCGACCCCCAGAACGUGAGGGUGGGCAGCCGAUACAGCCACGUACAGGAAGUUCAGGAAAGACUAAACUUCCUGAGGUUCCUGCUGAAGGAUGGCCAGCUGUGGCUCUGUGCUCCCCAGGCCAAGCAGAUCUGGAAGUGUCUGGCUGAGAGCGCUGUCUUCCUGUGUGACCGCGAGGCCUGUUUCAAAUGGUACUCCAAGCUGAUGGGCGACGAGCCUGACCUGGACCCAGACAUCAACAAGGACUUCUUUGAGAACAAUGUUCUGCAGUUGGACCCGUCUCUGCUGACGGAGAACGGGAUGAAGUGCUUCGAGAGGUUCUUCAAGGCCGUCAACUGCCGUGAGGGCAAGCUGGUGGCCAAGCGCAGGGCUUACAUGAUGGACGACCUGGAGCUCAUCGGACUGGACUACCUGUGGAAGGUGGUCAUCCAGGGCAGCGACGACAUCGCCAGCAGAGCCAUCGACCUCCUGAAAGAGAUCUACACCAACCUGGGGCCCAAGCUGCAGGUCAACCAGGUGGAGAUCCACGAGGACUUCAUCCAGUCGUGUUUCGACCGCCUGAAGGCAUCGUACGACACUCUGUGUGUUCUGGACCGAGACAAGGACAGCAUCAACUGUGCCCGCCAGGAAGCCAUCCGCAUGGUCCGAGUGCUCAACGUGUUGAAGGAGUACAUCAACGAGUGUGACAGUGACUACCAUGAGGAGAGGAGCAUACUGCCCAUGUCCAGGGCGUUCCGGGGGAAGCACAUCACGUUGAUCGUGCGGUUCCCCAACCAGGGGCGGCAGGUGGACGACCUGGACAUCUGGUCCCACACCAACGACACCAUCGGCUCUGUGAGGAGGGGCAUCCUCACCCGCAUCAAGGCCAAUGCCACGCACACCAAGAUAGAGCUGUUCAUUGGUGGAGAGGUGGUGGAUCCGGCCGACGACAGGAAGCUGAUUGGACAGCUCAACCUCAAAGAUAAAACGCUGAUAACAGCUAAGCUGACCCAGGUGAGCGCUACGGUGCCGUCCAGUCCUGACAGCUCCUCAGACUCCUCCACCGGCUCACCCGGGAACCACGGCAACCACUUCAGUGAGGGCCCCAACCCCGAGGUGGAGAGCUGUCUUCCUGGAGUGAUCAUGUCUCUGCACCUGCGCUACAUCUCCUUCCUGUGGCAGGUGGCCGACCUGGGCUGCACCCUCAACAUGCCCCUGCUCCGAGACGGAGCAAGGCUACUGACCAAGCUCAUGCCCCCAGACACCAGCACGGUGGAGAACCUGCGAGCCAUCUGUCUGGACCACGCCAAGCUGGGGGAGAACAGCCUCAGCCCCACCCUGGACUCUCGCUUCUUCGGCCCCUCGCCUUCCCAAGUGCUUUACCUCACCGAGGUGGUGUACGCUCUGCUCAUGCCUGCCAGCGGCACCCUGGGAGAGGACGCCUGCGACUUCCAGUUCAACUUCCUGAAGAGCGGCGGGCUCCCGCUCGUACUGAGCAUGCUCACCAGGAACAACUUCCUGCCCAGCGCCGACAUGGAGACCCGUCGGGGGGCGUACCUCAACGCCCUGAAGAUCGCCAAGCUGCUGCUCACCGCCGUGGGCUUCGGGCACGUGAAGGCGGUGGCAGAGGCGUGCCAGCCGGAGGUGGAGGGCACCACCCCAGCCUCGCCGGUAAAUAACCCUAUCAACCAGGCCACGCACGACCAGGCGCUGGUGCUGCAGAAUGCACUUCAGAACAUCCCAAACCCCGCCUCUGAGUGCAUGCUGCGCAACGUGGCCAUCCGGUUGGCUCAGCAGAUCUCUGACGAGCAGAACUUCUUCCAGGCGUCUAAGUACAUCCCAGACAUCUGUGUGAUCCGGGCAGUGCAGAAGAUCGUGUGGGCGUCAGGCUGCGGCACUGUGCAGCUGGUCUUCAGCUCCAACGAAGACAUCAGCCAGAUCUACGAGAAGACGAAUGCGGGGCAGGAGCCAGAUGGGGAGGAUGAGCAGGUGUGCUGCGAGGCCCUGGAGGUCAUGACCCUGUGCUUCGCCCUGCUGCCCACGGCCCUGGACACCCUCAGCAAGGAGAAGGCCUGGCAGACCUUCAUCAUAGAUCUGCUGCUGCACUGCCACAGCAAGUCUGUGAGGCAGAUGGCCCAGGAGCAGUUCUUCCUCAUGGCCACCAGGUGCUGUAUGGGCCACAGACCCCUCCUGUUCUUCAUAACCCUGCUGUUCACCGUGUUGGGGACGACAGCUAAGGAGCGGGCGAAGCAGGCUGGAGACUACUUCACCCUGCUGAGACACCUCCUCAACUACGCCUACAACAGCAACAUCAACCUGCCCAAUGCCGAGGUGCUGCUCAACAACCAGAUCGCCUGGCUCAAGAGGAUCAGGGACGAGGUGAAGCGGUCGGGGGAGACUGGGGUGGAGGAGACCAUUCUGGAAGGUCACCUGGGGGUCACCAAGGAGCUGCUCUCUUUCCAGACUCCACAGAAGAAGUUCUACAUCGGCUGUGAGACGGGAGGGGCUAACCUCAUCAAGGAGCUGAUAGAUGACUUCAUCUUCCCUGCGUCUAACGUGUACCUGCAGUACAUGAAGAGUGGGGAGUUCCCCCCAGAGCAGGCCAUCCCUGUGUGCAGCAGCCCCGCCUCUAUCAACGCCGGCUUGGAGCUGCUGGUGGCGCUGGCGGUGGGCUGUGUACGCAACCUCAAGCAGAUCGUCGACACGCUCACCGACAUGUACUACCUAGGCUGUGAGUCUCUGACGGAGUGGGAGUACCUGCCCCCCGUAGGCCCGCGACCCACCAAGGGCUUCGUUGGGCUGAAGAACGCGGGCGCCACCUGCUACAUGAACUCAGUCAUCCAGCAGCUCUACAUGAUCCCGCCCAUACGCAACGGCAUCCUGGCCGUGGAGGGGACCGGCUCCGACGUGGACGAAGACACGUCAGGAGACGAGAAGCAGGAGAGCGAGGGUAACGCAGACCCUCGGGACGAAGUGUUUAGCUACAACCACCAGUUUGACGACAAGCCCAAGUCUGAGGACAGGAAGGAGUACAACAUGGGGGUGCUGCGCCACCUGCAGGUCAUCUUUGGUCACCUGGCCGCCUCUAGGCUGCAGUACUACGUCCCCAGAGGGUUCUGGAAGCAGUUCAGGUUGUGGGGGGAGCCGGUGAACCUGCGCGAGCAGCACGAUGCGCUGGAGUUCUUUAACUCCCUGGUGGACAGUCUGGACGAGGCCCUGAAGGCCCUGGGACAUGCCUCCAUGCUCAGCAAGGUGCUGGGGGGCUCCUUUGCCGACCAGAAGAUCUGCCAGGGCUGUCCUCACAGGUACGAGUGUGAGGAGUCCUUCACCACGUUGAACGUGGACAUCAGAAACCACCAGAACCUUCUGGACUCCAUGGAGCAGUACGUGAAGGGAGACCUGCUGGAGGGGGCCAACGCCUACCACUGUGAAAAGUGCAACAAGAAGGUGGACACGGUGAAGAGGCUGCUCAUUAAGAAGCUGCCCCCGGUCCUGGCCAUCCAGCUGAAGCGCUUCGACUACGAUUGGGAGAGGGAGUGUGCCAUCAAGUUCAACGACUACUUUGAGUUCCCCCGUGAGCUGGACAUGGAGCCCUACACCGUGGCGGGCGUGGCCAAGCUGGAGGGGGACGAUGGGAACCCAGAGAGCCAGAUGAUCCAGCAGAACGAGCCGUCCGAACCCGAGCCCCCUGGCUGCAGUUCCCGCUACCGCCUGGUCGGUGUGCUGGUGCACUCGGGCCAGGCCAGCGGGGGACAUUACUACUCCUACAUCGUCCAACGAGACGGCUCCAGGGGUGACAGCGGCCAGAGAGACGUCUCCGGGGGCGACAGUGGCCAGAGAGACCGCUGGUACAAGUUUGACGACGGCGACGUGACGGAGUGCAAGAUGGACGACGAGGAGGAGAUGAAGAGCCAGUGCUUUGGGGGGGAGUACAUGGGGGAGGUGUUCGACCACAUGAUGAAGAGGAUGUCAUACCGCCGGCAGAAGCGCUGGUGGAACGCCUACAUCCUGUUCUACGAGAGGAUGGACACGCAGGGAGGAGCCCCAGCCGACGCCGAGCUCGCCAAGUGCAUCUCAGAGCUCACCGUCUCUCCACCCACCACCCCGCGACAGGUGAAGAUGCCAGGGGCCAUUGAGUGCAGCGUGAGGAAGCAGAACGUGCAGUUCAUGCACAGCCGCAUGCAGUACAGCCUGGAGUACUUUCAGUUCAUCAAGAAACUGCUCACCUGCAACAGCGUCUACCUCAACCCUCCUCCAGGUCAGGACCACCUGUUACCUGAGGCGGAGGAGAUCGCUAUGAUCAGCAUCCAGUUGGCGGCUCGCUUCCUGUUCAGCACCGGCUUCCACACCAAGAAGGUGGUCCGAGGGCCAGCCAGCGACUGGUAUGAUGCUCUCUGCAUCCUGCUGCGCCACAGUAAGAAUGUCCGCUGCUGGUUCUCCCACAGCGUUCUGUUCUCCUACCCCACACGCUUCUCAGAGCACCUGCUGGAGUGUCCUAGUGCAGAGGUGCGCGGGGCCUUCGCCAAGCUCAUCGUCUUCAUCGCACACUUCUCCCUGCAGGACGGGCCCUGCCCCGCCCCCACCACCUCCCCGGGGGGCACCACACAGGCAUGUGAUAACCUGAGUCUGAGCGACCACCUGCUGAGAGCAGUGCUCAACCUGCUGAGGAGGGAGGUGUCAGAGCACGGGCGCCACCUGCAGCAGUACUUCAACCUGUUCGUCAUGUAUGCCAACCUGGGCCUGGCAGAGAAGAGCCAGCUGUUGAAGUUGAAUGUGCCCGCCACCUUCAUGCUGGUGGCCCUGGACGAGGGCCCGGGGCCCCCCAUCAAGUACCAGUACGCUGAGCUGGGCAAGCUGUACACCGUGGUGUCCCAGCUGCUGCGCUGCUGCGACGUGUCUGCUCGCAUGCAGUCCUCCAUCAAUGGUAACCCAGCCCUGCCCAACCCCUACGGAGAUCCCAGCCUCACGGCUCCCAUCACACCCCUGCAGCAGCUGGUGGCGGAGAUCCUGUUUGUGAGGACGAGCUACGUGAAGAAGAUCAUCGAGGACUGCAGCAACUCGGAGGAGACGGUGAAGCUGCUGCGCUUCAGCUGCUGGGAGAACCCCCAGUUCUCCUCCACGGUGCUCAGUGAGCUGCUCUGGCAGGUGGCGUACUCCUACACCUACGAGCUCAGGCCUUACCUGGACCUGCUGCUACAGAUCCUGCUCAUCGAGGACUCCUGGCAGACACACAGGAUCCACAACGUUCUGAAGGGUAUCCCUGACGACCGUGACGGGCUGUUCGACACCAUCCAGCGCUCCAAGAACCACUACCAGAAACGAGCCUACCAGUGUAUCAAGUGCAUGGUGGCCCUCUUCAGUACCUGCACCGUGGCCUACCAGAUCCUGCAGAGCAACGGGGACCUGAAGCGUAAGUGGACGUGGGCGGUGGAGUGGCUGGGUGACGAGCUGGAGAGGAGGCCGUACACCGGGAACCCCCAGUACACCUACAACAACUGGUCUCCUCCCGUCCAGAGCAACGAGACGUCCAACGGCUACUUCCUGGAGCGCUCGCACAGCGCUCGCAUGACCCUGGCCAAGGCCUGCGAACUCUGCCCAGAGGAGGAGCCCGAUGACCAGGAGGCUCCAGAUGAUCAUGACUCCUCCCCUCCCGAGGAUACUGCACUGUACCCCCACCCCCCUGCUGGCACACAGUACCAACAGCAGAACAACCUCCCUCACGGCCAGCCUUACACCGGGCCAGCCGCUCAGCACAUGAACGCACCCCAGCGCCCCCCCCAGAGAGCGCAGGAGUCCUGGGAGACCACGGAGGAGGGAGUUCCCCCCCCGGUCCAGGCGAAAGAGUAACGACACGACAGCAGGACCCCCCCCCCACCCCCUCCAACCCUCCAACCCUCAUCCAAACUUCUCACCAAAUGUUACCUGGUGGAAGAGCGAGGCUGUAGCACUCCUGUCCAACUGUCCAGGGAGACUCCUCACUCGUCACCUCUGACCUCUGACCCCGGACCGUGCCACAUUCUGCUCUCGAGUUCUGCUCGUAGUGUUUUAAAAAAACCAAACAGAUGUGGGGAUGGAAGGCAUUCAACUCUCUGGCUCGCUCUGUCUCCGGCCCCUCGCUCUGUCUCCGGCCCCUCGCUCUGUCUCCGGCCCCUCGCUCUGUCUCCGGCCCCUCGCUCUGUCUCCGGCCCCUCGCUCUGUCUCCGGCCCCUCGCUCUGUCUCCGGCCCACACAGAGAGAGAGCUGACAGAGUCUAGAGGUGCAGCUCUGCCUGCAGGCGAUGGUGAUACGGACAUUUCAGUUCCAUGGAGACUAAAGACAAUUUUGUGAUGUUCAGGAAGCUGGAUGGGAUGGCGGAGGUGUACAUCAUGUGUUCACGUGGAUAGUUCAACAAACUUCCACCUAGAUGCUCGACCCCACCCUUAUUGGGAGAAGGCUGUCAUGCUGGCCCUGGAUACCCCACCCCCACCCCCACCCCCACCCCCACCCCACCCCCCUGUGAUAUGAAAAUGGGUCUGGAGGAAUAAAUAUAGAAUUAAAAGGAGGGAAUAGAAUUCCAGUUGUUGGAGUGUGAGUGAGGUUGGGCUGACGAGGUGGAUGCUGACUGCUUCCUGGAGUGAUUAGAUCUCUCGCUGUCAUUUUGCGUGAGGUCUUGACUGACAUUGUUUGCAAAAGACGGGUGGCUUUUGGUUGGAUUGUAAAGUGAAGUUUAUGUCUCUCUCAAGCAUCUCUCUCCCUUCCCUCUCUUUAUCCUGUUUUCUAAAGCUACUAUUUCUGCUUGUCAUUUAUAAGUGAGGACAUUUUGAGUGAACCAGUAUAAUCUGUGUGAGCCAGUUUACAGCGGCAGUGUGCGGUUGUACUCGUUUCCAAAUGGAUGGAACACAGAACUACAAUAUAACUGUGCUGCUUACCAGCUGUCUCGCUUCUUUUCUUCACUUGUCCUACUUGAACACAGCCACAGUCUUACAACUCUCGCUCAUUAACCGACAAAACGUUCUAGAGUAACUGCCUGUACGCUUACUGACUCGCUAAACCGAGUCUUCUUGAGUGUUCUUUAAGACUUCUGUAUGCGACACCAGUAGACACUGUGCUUCAGUGGUAAUAUGAAUGUGUGGUUUGUAAUUAUUUUCCCUUUGUUUUUGGAGCAAUUUCUUGAAAUUGUCAAAAUGUUGCAGAAUUUUCCCUCAGCCCUUGUUUUAAAGACUCCUAGGCUGUUUUAUUUGAAUUUCAUUUGUUUUUUUUGUUCAUUUUUUUCCAGAUGGAAAGAAAAUGCAAAGUAUCAGUUAAUUGAAUAGGAACUUUGAUCCCGUCACGUCGAAGGUGAUUAUACUGAGUUAUGUGCUCUGAGUGGUGUCACUAGGUGUGGCCAUGCUGUGACGUGGUAUCCCAGAGCAGACACACACAUUUUGCUGUGUUUUUCUAUGUCCUAGUACAGUUCCCACCACCAAGAAUGCAUAGAAAAUGCUAUCUUGACAUUGUUCUUAUAUCAUCUAUGGUACAGUGUAAAUACAUAAUGCACGCAAAAAAAGAAAGAAAAUAAACUGGAUAUUGUGUUCAGUGGAAUUGCCAACCGUACUUUACAUUAAUCCAAGGAAGUUGAAAACCCAAGACUGGAGUUGACACAAAAUGUCUGCCAAAACCAAAACUGGCCUGUAAGGACAAGAGGUGAACGAUAUGCAGCUGCCUUCACCGUGAGCAUCCUGGGAGAUAAACGGCAGUGUGUGAAGGAUGACGUUGGAACCCCUAGAGGGGGUGAAUAGAAAUUGUAGAAUGUUGGAUCCUUCCAGAACCCAGCUCAGAGCACUAUACAUCCCUGGCUUCUCACUUCUUCCAUUUAAGAAUGCUUUAUUUUCAGACUGCAACGUCUUACUGCUUUUCUUUGUUUGUUUUUUUGUUGUUGUUGUAAAUUGUCGAUUCAGGAUCAGAUAUGCCUUCUGAUUUUGUUUGUAUUUUGUUUGAAUAAUUCAAAAGCUCUUUUGUGAAACAUGCAUGGAUGGUUAUACGCCCCCAAUCUGCCUUAGAGCACUGUACAAACCCAGCACACUGUAAAAUUAUACUUUAAGAAAAGGAAAAAUAAAUCGUAUUUGAAUUA